AUGUCUGCUUUGAAAAAUUUCCAAUAUAAUGAAGAAGAAGAUGGUGAAUUGCCUUCUUUGGUUACAGGAACAGAAAAUAAUUUGAAUGAGAUUCUCAGCCAUGUGAAGAGUGAUGGUGGUGUGAAAUUAGUCAGUGACUCUAAGAUUGCCAGGGUAAAUAAACAAAAUGAUCUUGCUAGAGACUUAAGCCAAAAUGAUGCUAAGGGGGUUCCUUUGAAGAAGAUUCCUGUAACUAUUAUUACUGGAUACCUUGGUUCUGGGAAGUCUACUUUGCUUGAGAAGAUAGCUUUAAAGGGCUCAGAUAAAAAAAUUGCGGUGAUAAUGAAUGAAUUCGGGGAUUCAAGUGAAAUAGAGAAAGCAAUGACAAUUAAGAAUGGUUCUGAUUCAUAUCAGGAAUGGUUAGAUUUAGGAAACGGUUGUCUAUGUUGUUCAAUGAAAAACGUUGGUGUUAAAGCUAUCGAGGAUAUGGUAGAGAGAUCACCGGGAAAAAUUGAUUAUAUAUUAUUGGAAACUUCGGGGAUUGCUGAUCCUGCUCCAAUUGCAAAGAUGUUUUGGCAAGAUGAAGGGUUGAAUAGUAGUGUUUAUAUUGACGGAAUAAUUACUGUCUUGGAUGCUGAACAUAUUUUGAAAUGUCUUGAUGAUAUUUCACCAGAAACCCAUUGGCAUGGAGAAGACGUCAUGAAGGAUGAACAUUUAACAAUUGCUCACUUCCAAAUUGCAAUGGCAGAUAAAAUUAUCUUAAAUAAAAUCGAUAAACUGGAAUUAAAUGGAGAAUCUAUCAAGAAUAUUAAUGAUAUUAAGGAAAGAAUUCAAGAGAUAAACAUUGUUGCCCCAAUAAUUGAAACUAGAUAUAGUGAUGUGCCAUUGUCAGAAGUAUUGGAUGUGCAUUCGUACGAUUCUCUAGACACUGGAGUCAGUAAUGAUGUUAAAACUUCAAAACAACUUUUGAAUUCAAAGAAACUAGAAAAUAGACCAACAAUUCAUGAUCCACGGAUGUCUUCAAUUGUGCUUACAUUCAGACCAUUAAAAGACGAAAAAGAAUUUCAAUAUUUUAUUAAGAAUUUCUUACAGGUAUUACUUUGGAAGAAUUUUGGUGUAUCAAAUAACUUUAAGCAUGGUAAUGAUGAUGAUAAAGAAUGGGAAAUUCAAAGAACGAAAGGUUUAUUAAUAAUUGGGGACUUGUCAUCGAAGAGAGAGGUUAAAGUGAUUCAAGGUGUGAGGGAUACAUUCGAUGUGAUGCAAGGUGAAUUACCACCUAACGUCGAUUGUUGUAAACUGGUUCUAAUUGGGAAAUAUUUAAAUUUUGAAGAUAUAGACAGUUUACUAAAAACAGUCAUCGUUUGA